UACCAAAAUAUUAUCUUCAAUCCUCUCUACCCAAUGGCAUUUUCAUCUUCAAACUCUUGGAGAUACGAUGUCUUCCCUAGUUUCAGAGGGGAAGACGUCCGUAAUAACUUCCUCAGCCACUUGCUCAAAGAAUUUGAAAGCAAAGGAAUAGUGACAUUCAGAGAUGACCAUAUCGAAAGAAGCCACACGAUCGGUACUGAGCUCAGAUCAGCCAUUAGAGAAUCUAAGAUUUCAGUAGUCUUGUUCUCAGAGAACUAUGCUUCUUCAAGUUGGUGUUUGGACGAGCUGGUCGAGAUCUUGAAAUGUAAGGAAGAACAAGGAAAAAAGUGAUACCGGUUUUCUACAAAGUGGAUCCAUCUGAUGUAAGAAAACAGACAGGAAAGUUUGGAAUGAGUUUCUUGGAAACUUGUUGUGGUAAGACGGGCGUUGACUCAUGCUGCCAAUAUUGUUGGAGAUCAUCCUCAAGAUUGGGAUAAUGAAGCAUAUAUGAUCACAGAAAUAACCAAGGAUGUAGUAAACAAAUUAUUAAAUACAACGCCAUCAAAAUAUUACAAUGACUUGGUUGGAAUUGAAGCUCACAUUGCAAAAAUGGAGUCUUUGUUAUGCCUUGAGUCUGAAGGAGUGAAGAUAGUAGGGAUAUGGGGUCCCGCAGGCGUUGGUAAGACUACCAUAGCUAGAGCUUUAUAUAAGGAAUAUCAUGAAAACUUUACACUUUCUAUAUUUAUGGAGAAUGUUAGAGAAAGUUAUAAUGGUGAAGCUUACCUUGAUGACUUUGGUUUGAAGCUGCGUUUACAACAAAGAUUUUUGUCCAAACUUCUUGAUCAUAAAGAUUUGAGAAUAAGUGAUUUAGACGCCAUCGAAGAAAGGCUAAAGAACCAGAAAGUUCUAGUUAUUCUUGACGAUGUGGACAAUAUUGAGCAACUCAAAGCCCUGGCAAAAGAAACUCAAUGGUUUGGUAACGAGAGCAGAAUCAUCGUGACAACUCAAAACAAACAACUUUUGGUUUCACAUCAUAUCCACUACAUGUAUAAGGUGGCUUAUCCUUCAAAACAAGAAGCUCUUACUAUAUUUUGCCAGCAUGCUUUUAAUCAAAGCUCCCCAUCAUAUAAUUUCAAGGACCUUGCAAUUGAGAUUUCAGCUCUUGCUGGUCAUCUUCCGCUCGGUCUACGCGUUCUUGGUUCGUUUAUGCGUGGAAAGAGUAAGGAGGAGUGGGAGUUUUCCCUGACUACGCUAAAAAAUCGACUAGAUGGAGAGAUAGAGAAGGUAUUAAAAGUCGGGUAUAAUGGCUUACAUAAAGAUGACAAAGCUUUAUUUCUUCAUACUGCUUGUCUUUUUAGCGGUCAUCACAAAAACUAUGUGAAAGAGAUGGUCAUAGCUAACAAUGACUCGGAUGUUAGUUUUGGACUUAAAGUCUUGGCUGAUAAAUCUCUCAUACAAAUAUAUGAGAAUGGUAUAGUCGAGAUGCACUCCUUACUUCGACAAUUGGGGAGAGAAGUUGUUCGAGAGCAAUCUCUUUACGAGCCUGGAAAACGUCAGUUCUUGAUGAAUGCUAGAGAUACGUGUGGCGUCCUUGCAAAUAAUACUGGUACGGGAACUGUAUUAGGUAUAUCGUUAGAUAUGAGUGAGAUGAAAGAGGAGUUACAUAUAAGUGAUAAAACUUUUGAAGUGAUGCCGAACCUCUUAUAUCUAGAUUUCUAUAUUAGUAGUCCUGUAGAUGAUAAAAUGAACGUCAAGUUGCUGUUACCAGAAGAAGGGCUAAGCUAUCUACCACAAUUGAGAUUAUUACAGUGGGAUGCAUAUCCGCUCAAGUUUUUGCCUUCUAGCUUCCGACCACAAUGUCUUGUCGAACUCAACAUGUCGAAUAGCAAGCUUAAGCAGCUAUGGAGUGGAGUUCAGCCGCUUAGAAGUCUCAAGCAUAUGGAUCUCAAUAACUCUCGGUAUUUGGAAAUCAUUCCAAAUCUUUCAGAAGCAACAAACCUGGAAAGCUUGGAUUUUGGUUGGUGUGAGUCUUUGGUGGAGCUUCCUUCAUCUAUACAGAACCUUCAUAAACUGACUUGGUUAGAGAUGUCUUGCUGCACAAGUUUAGAGAUCAUCCCAACCAACAUCAACCUAGCGUCUCUAUCUAAUCUCCACUUUAGACAUUGCACUCGGUUGAAAACGUUUCCAGAGAUUUCAACAAACAUUGUUUAUCUUAAAAUAAAAGGCACUGCCAUCACAGAGGUGCCUCAAUCAGUCAGACAUUGGAGUAGAAUUUUAGAAAUUUGCAUGGAGAAGACUAACGUAAAGACACUGGUUCAUGUUCCUUAUGCUUUAGACGCGCUAUGUUUGAGGAAUAAUAAGAAAUUGCAGAGUAUUCCGAGCUACCUCAAAUAUCUCCAUUGGCUGCGCAUGAUCGACAUCUCCUUUUGCAUAAAUAUCAUAUCGCUACCGAAGCUUCCAGAGUCAGUAUCCAGCAUAACAGCUUUAAACUGCGAGUCACUUCAAAGAAUACAUGGCCACUUUCGGAACAAGAGCAUCCACCUGAACUUCACUAACUGUUCAAAGUUAGAUCAGAAAGCCCAAGAAAAGAUCCACCAAUCAGUUUACAGAGUUACUCGUUUACCUGGUGAACAAGUACCUGAAUACUUCCCCCACCGAAAUAGCGGUAGUUCCAUAUUAAUCCAUUCAGAUAAGGUCGACCUUCAAAAGUUCUCGAGAUUUAAGGUAUGUCUUGUGCUUGGAGCGGAGACACGUUUCGAAGGUUGUAAUAUAGAAUUUUACAGACACUUGUUGGGUAAACCAACAAAGUAUCAUGUGUCAAAGGGUUUUUAUAUAGCGCCAUUACUUGAAUGGGAUCAUCUUUGCAUGUGCGAGUUUGUUUUAUUGCCACAUGAUCCUCCAACGCAACGGGAGCUUCUCCGCCCAUCCAAAUUGAUGAUGGUUAACUUCAGAUGUCUUGGGGAUGAAGUAAAACAAUGUGGUAUACAGUUCUUGGAGCCUAAUCAUUACUUGGGUAAUAGUUCCAUUGGUGGUGGUAGUGGUAGUAGUAGUAGUAGUAGUAGCAGCAGCAGCAGCAGUAUUGAAGAAAUUAUCCAUGCAGACAGAGAAGGAACCAGCAGGAACAAAUCUGUUAGGAGAUGGAUUACGGUUGGAGCAAAAAAAGUGAGGCUUAGUUUUGAAUGUCUAAAACCGUGCAGAAAAGGUUUUAACAUAAAAUAAGAUAAAGACUGUGAAUAUGAUAGUUGAUGAAGAAGGCUUCGUUCGGUGAAGAAAACAGCAUAAGCCAUAAAAAGGUGUGACAUGGGCGAUCGACUUACCCCUUCUAUAGGUUAAUGUGUUGGUGAUGUUCCUUUUUAGUGUACCUCAUAUUUCAUUCGCCACAAGUACUACGUACAAGACAAUACAAGGGGAAGCAUGAAUAUAGCAGAAAAUCAAAAACUGAUCUGAGGUGUUUCUGUUUUGAUAUGUGUGAGCAAUUUGAGAACAAAUGAGACAUGUGUCUACUUUAUUUUGAUUUUUUUUAGAAUAUAGGAUAUUAUGAUUAGGGCUUGGAAGUAAAUUUAUUGAUUUUUUAUCGAAAACUUGGAAGUGUAAAUUAGA